CUUUCAAGAAUUCUGUACAAGAUGGCCCCAUCUACCAGUGUGCCUACGGCUGAGCACAUCCUCGCUCCUGAGACUCUGCUCAAGAAACGCCGAACGACAGAAACCUCUCGUGAGGCCAAACUCCAGGCUGCCAUCGAGGCGAGGAAAUUGCGAAAGGAAAAGCGCAAAGUCAUUUUCAAACGUGCAGGCCAGUACAUCCAGGAGUACAGAGAUGCCGAACGUGAGACUAUCCGCUUGAAGCGCGAGGCGAGAAAGACGGGAGACUUCUUCGUUCCCGCUCAAUCGAAAAUAUUGUUUGUGGUCAGGCUCAAGGGUAUCUCUAAAAUUGCUCCUAAACCCAAGAAGAUCUUGCAACUUCUUCGUCUUUUGCAAAUCAACAACGGUGUCUUCAUCCGUGCAACCAAAGCCACCCUGAACAUGCUUCAACUCGUCAACCCCUACGUCACCUACGGCGAGCCCAACCUCAAAGCCAUCCGCGAACUCAUCUACAAACGUGGUUACGCCAAAAUCGACGGUCAACGUAUCCCCAUCACCGACAAUCAGAUCAUCGAGAAGCAACUCGGCAAACAUGGUAUCAUCUGUAUGGAAGAUCUCGUGCACGAGAUUGCCACUUGUGGACCCAACUUCAAACAAGCUACCCAGGCGCUCUGGCCAUUCAAGCUGUCCAACCCUAACGGCGGCUGGCGUCCUCGCAAGUUCAUUGGAUACGUUGAGAAUGGUGACGCCGGAGACAGGGAGACCAACAUGAGUAAGCUCAUCCAUCAGAUGGUUUGAGUGAUGUCUGGGGAACUCGUUUUCGUAUUGCCAUAUGUACCCAUGACCACGCA